AUGUCUUCUCAGCAACCAGUAGCAAAGGCCUCGCCGCCGGGGUCGAUCACCUCUUCCGACCAUGGCGCGCUGGACUCGAAAACAGUAGCAAUCGACGACAAGCGUCCCAUCGAGUCGGCACCUCCAACGGCCCCCGCGCUGGCAACACAGGAGACUCAGCGCAUGGAAGCGGCGCUUGGAGAUGCGAUUCUCCGCUUUCUGAGGAUUCGAAAGGGCCCCAAGGCCGAAGUGUACGACCUCGAUGCGUCCAAGGUCGCCACGCAAGCCAGCAUCUGGGACUCCGAGAACGUCGAAGAGUACAAGAGCCUGUACAUCCAUCCGCAGUGGGAGAACUGGUCUGCUUUUGACCCCAGCUUCCGUUGGACUUGGAGGGAGGAGCGUGCGGUGCGACGUAAGGUUGAUUGGAAGAUCAUGGUUUGGGCCUGCAUCAUGUUUGCGUCUCUCAACAUUGACAGGAACAACAUUUCCAAUGCCGUUUCAGACAACAUGCUUGAUGAUCUCGGCCUGACUCGGGGCGACUACGCCAAGGCUGACGUGUAG